AUGCCGCGUCAACGCGCUGCUUCAGGUGCUUCAACUGCAUCCUCAAGAUCCGCUCCAGAAGACCAGGUUCGCGCGAUUCACUGCUUUUCUCCCCUUCUAAUCCCCAUCGUCACACUACUGACCUCCCCACCCCUUGUGCGACUGCAGGAGCUCGGUAGUCUGUACGAUUACCUUGCAAAGAUAAUAUUACUGGGGCCAAGUGGGUGCGGAAAGUAUGCACCUCCGAGAAUACAGUGCCAUACCGAGCUCGGCUAAAGACAGGGGACAGGUCUUGUUUGCUACAUCGGUUUGUCCGAGGAGAAUGUGAGGGGAUUGGAACCAUGGGCGCAGAAUCCAUGGCCACAUCGCUUACUUUAAAACAGGGCGAAUUCUAUCGUCGCAAACCAUCGGGGUGGAAUUCUCUUCGAAGAUAAUCAAAGUUGGUACGGGCUCCCGCCGUAAACGCAUCAAACUCCAAGUAAUUCCUUCUAUAUGCUCUUUUUUCGCCUUCAUUUUACCCCCUUGCCUGUUUUUAUCUUUUUCUUCGAAUUAUGGUCUGACUCUGUAGCUAUGGGACACCGCCGGACAAGAGCGCUUUCGAUCUGUUACUCGGUCUUACUACCGCGGUGCUGCUGGCGCUGUCCUUAUCUAUGACAUUACGUCUCAUCCAAGUUUUACCUCACUGCCGACCUUCUUGACAGAUGCCCGGGCCCUGGCCUCACCGAACCUGACGUUGCUCCUUGUGGGUAACAAAUCGGACCUUUCCACCCCCCCAGAAAGCUCAGGAGGACAACUCAUCGACAUCCCCUCGUCAUCAUCCACCUCAAAUUCUAUCUUCACACCGAUACCGGAAGAGGAGCAUAGGCCGCAGGUGGAGACAGUGGAGAGAGCUGUGACGACAAAUGAAGCAGCCCGUUGGGCCUCCCUCCAGAACAUCCCCGUCACAAUGGAAACAUCGGCACUGUCCGGCGAGAAUGUGGAUGAGGUCUUCACCAGACUCGCGCACAUGAUAGUGACCAAGAUUGAGCUUGGGGAGGUAGACCCUGAUGACCCGAUGAGUGGUAUUCAAUACGGGGAUUCGGGUGGGUGGGUGGACGCCUCCGGGAGCACGAGGAAACGGAAGGGCCCCGGAAGAGUCAUGGUAGAUGGCUUUAGCGCCGGUUUGAGAGGGUGGGAGGAUGUUUUUAGAGAUUCGAGCGGCGGGAGGAGGCGAAAAUGCUGUUAGAUGUAUUAAUUCGAAUAUAGUGUGCGCACGCGGGGUUGUACAGGCCGCACGAGGAGGAGAGCUCUGUAUUUUUCAGGACAAUGUGAGCUUUGUGGAGGUACGGAGCAGUGGCAUCUCGCGUUUCUUCCCUCUUUUUCUAUCUUCCACCCUCUCCCUCUUUUUCUCUGUUUUCUUUUAUGGCCUAUCAUCCAUUGAGUCUCUCUUAGCAUUUUGCUGUUGUCAUUAUUUCCCUUCUUUUCAUCGUGCUUUGGAGACGUACCUUAUGACUACCACCCAUCUUAUCCCAUCCGUAAUCCGAAAAAAAAAAACUAGUCUCUCAGCUACCUCUAUACCCUGCCCCCCCUUUUCACAUUCAAUUAUUCUAGAAACCCCCGAGCAGAGAGCGGGGGGUGUAGGGAAGUGGAGGAAACUCCCUAGCAUUAAUUUCAUUUCAAUUAUCUCUAGUCCAUCCAUACCAUCUUCGUAUCAAGCAAAUACGCACAACGGGAAUGAAUGAAUUAAACACUAACUCCGCACGUUCCUCCGAGUUCGAGUGGUUCCCAUGCGGCCACAUAGCGUCAGUGUCCUGUGUGCACAUACUAGUAGAGUAAUAGUGAAUCAAAGCGCUUCAGACUUCUUUCUUGAUAGUGUACUCGAGUAGCAGUAGAAGCCGAACCAAGGCGCCGAAUCGUAAAGGUGCACAAAAAAGGCAAAAAGCGGGCGCUCAAUUGCACCAUGCACGAGUGAUUGCAAGUGAUCUACAGAAAACCAGGUUCGAGUAGUGAAUCCUCCUCGCACAGGAUUGAUGGGUUGAUCAGAAGAAUAAUAAAAAAAACCAUGAGACACAGAAAGCUAUGACCUCUCCGAUCCCGGCUCCCAACCACCCUGACAGCUCCCGAUGGACUGCGAGUGCAGGUAUGUAUUCCUGGCUUGAGAAACGGGUAACGUAUCAGAUCACGCUAGAGGUUCAAG